AUGCGGCUGGCGGCCUCACAGGUGGGCCGAGGGGCAGCUGCAUCCACCUUUGGUGAUAUGGCUUCUGCGGCCUGUGCUGAAGCUGGAACAAAACAUGUUUCGGCGGGCACACGCUUUGCUGCUGGACUGGCCAGGGGCGAGAACAAACACAAUGCUGAACGAGAUAUCAUGGCUGCUCUGAGACGCAGCCAUGGUGUUCCUCUGCAAUGCAAAAUUUCUUAUGUGGUGAUUCCGACUGUGGAAAUCCGACAAGUGCGGCUUUUGGCCGCAACGACGCGAGCUGCAGAGAACAAGGGGCGAGGCAAAGGCCGUGGACGUGGCCGAGCUGCUCGAGGUGGAAAUAUGAAUUUCCUCAAGAGGAAAGGAGUGGCCGAGAAGGUCAUUGUGUACAAGAAAUGGCCCAUGCUUCUGCCUUCCAACUUUGCACGUGCCUUCGCAGAGGCAGGUGCCGACGAGUGGAUGGGGCUGGACCGCGAUUGGACCUCGUUCUGGGACAAUGCGCGAAGUGAAAUGUGGGGUGCGCAUCACCAUGUGAACACAGAGUUCGAUGCCUCCGCUCGCAAAUCGGCUAUUCCCAUCCUCCUACAUGGGGACGAGGGACAAGGGAAAAAGGAGAGGAAUUUGCUGAUCCUCAACUGGCAUGUGAUGGGUGUCCAAGCCAACUCCGUGCUGUUCCGGAAGUUCCCGAUAGCGGCUCCCUGGCUGCAGACAGAUCAUCAGAUCCGCCAACAUGGCUUAUUCGAGCUCUGGGAAGAACUUGACAAUGGGAUUCGUGGUGAUGCUACAUUGCAAUACUGCGCCGGGAAGGGAGAUUGGAAAUUUAAGAAGGAGUGGCUUUGCGAGAAGAAGGACUACUCGCAUUUGUCGUUUUGCCGGCGAUGCAAGUGCGGGCAAGGUCACGAGGAGCACUGCUGGCACAUGGACAUGGAAGCCUGCGACCUGCUGCAUGUGCUGUGGCUUGGUGCAGCCAGGGACUCGAUUGGAUCGGUUCUUCUGGAGAUCGUUACCUUCGAUCCUCGCUUCCAUGCAUCCGUGAAUUUCGAUACGGCUCUGUCACAAGUGGCGACAUUGGUGCAAGAUUUCUGUUCUCAACAUGGCCUCGACAGAUCCAUCGUCGAGGAACUCAGCUUGCAGAAGUUGCAUGUGGUGGAAAGUGCGGCCGAGACUGCACUCGUUCCUUUGCGAGUGUCUUUGCAAACUGGCUAA